CCUCUGUGAGCUCGCCGACUCAGCGCCAUGAGCAAGGCUCACCCUCCCGAGUUGAAAAAAUUUAUGGACAAGAAAUUAUCAUUGAAAUUAAAUGGUGGCAGACAAGCCCAAGGAAUAUUGCAAGGGUUCAAUCCGUUCAUGAAUCUUGUGAUAGAUGAAUUUGUGGAGAUGGCAACUAGCAGGCAACAGAACAAUAUUGGAAUGGUGGUAAUACAAGGGAAUAGCAUCAUCAUGCUAGAAGCCUUGGAACGAGUAUAAACAAUGGGCAUGUUCAUCAGAAGAAGAAAACUGCUUCCACAUGUCCCCUGUCCAUAGUACC